ACGACAGUCACGUUCUGGAUAGGUCAAACUGAGGACCCUCAAUCGAGGAGCUCGAAGCCGGAGCUCCUUCUGGCGAUGUCGACUGGUAUCAAAACGUCAGUCACUGGCCGAAACCCCCGUUGUGUCCGGCUUAUCCCGCGAAUUCAUUUGUAAACACAAAAGUCGAGGAUGGGCAUAUUCCUUACACAUUUACACAUACCCCUUCACGUAUCGACUACAUUCCGCAUACAGUAGUACUCCCCUUUGCGUCUGUAGCUACAUCGACAUUAUAUAUCUGCUCCCCAGACCAUGAGCUCGGUCGACUCUCCUAUCCGGCCACUGGCUCUAUGCCUGCAACCCGCAUGCGUCAAGCAUCGCUGGAUACGGACCUCGAACGCUUCCCAUAUCUACGAACGACCCGAACGCAUUCGGGCAGUCUUGCUAGGAGCUGCUGCUGCCGUCUCUCGUCUGGAAGCAGAGGUCACUUCGGAAGAACAAGCCGAGGGCGGUGGUGGAUUGGAUCAUAAUGAGCAGCAGGAUGAGGAGGACAGGAGGAAAAGGGAAGAAACGCCAGACGUUUCAGACAUGCUAGGCAACCUCAACCUAUCCGGGUCGACCCCGCAAAGGCCUAUCAAAGCCGGAACCGAAGCCGCACCUACGACUGCUUCACCGUACCUCUAUAUCCCCCCUCCCGAAUCCACGCAACCCGCCUCCGCUACCACUCAACCUCGUCUACUCCAGACCCAUCCGGCACUCCAGGUCGUGCAUUCUUCCCUGGCCGACCACAACCAUACUCUGCUGGAUCUCGCUCUUGCCCCUCAGGAUCGAUCUCAAUCCACUGUCUCGUCUUCUGCGCUCUUUGCGCAAUCCCCUUAUCUGAAACAACUGACCACCUGGGCACUGGAAGCACCGGAAAAGAUAAAAAAGGGGGAAUGCGAGAUCCCGAGCAGGUAUUACCCGGUUCCGUCUAUAUCAACCGCACAAGGGGAAGAUGGUAAAAUGGGAGUGGAGGCGGAUCUGGGAAUAGAAUUGAACCAGAACGAUCUGUACCUGGCCCCGGGGAGCGUCGAGGCGAUCGAGGGAUGUGUUAAGACGGUCUGCCAAGCGAUGGACCUCGUCUGCACCCCAGGUACUGCGUCCAACCCACCUGCCGACACCGUCCUUCCAAUCUCUGCUGGGCUCAGCACCAGCCCGAGCCCUUAUGCAGGUGCAUUCUGUGUGAUCAGACCGCCGGGACAUCAUUGUGCUCAGGAUGUCCCCUCCGGAUUCUGCUAUGUCAACAAUGCCGCUGUUGCGGCCAUGCACGGUUAUCUGCGGCACGAUCAGGACAGGACCAUAUUCAUCGAUAUCGACCUGCAUCACGGCAACGGCACGCAGUCAAUCGUCAUGGGAUUGAACGAGGCUAGUCACGCCGACGAUCUCUUGAUUGCCGGUGGGAAACCUCUAGUACCGAUGACGCCUGGAGAGGUGGCUGCGGGGAGGAGGAAGAGGAAUUGGAAAGGGUUCUACGGGAGUGUGCAUGAUAUCUGGAGUUAUCCUUGCGAGGAUGGCGAUCUCGAUUUGAUCAAGGACGCCUCAGUCAAGAUCGCGGCGCACGGACAGUACAUCGACAACAUCCACCUCGAGCCUUACGAUUCGGAAGAUGACUUUUACACCCGGAUAUACCCCAAGUACAUGGCCUUGUUGGCGAGUGCAGAGCGGUUCGUCAGAGAAACUGAGGCUUCGCCUGACCGUACGACGGUGGUCGUUAGCGCUGGGUUCGACGCUUGCGAACACGAAUAUCAAGCCAUGUCCCGGCAUGAGCGACGAGUGCCGACAUCGUUCUUUGCGAAGAUCACGCGCGACAUCCGCGCAUUCGCCGACAAGUACGCUAACGGCAAGCUGGUCUCCGUCUUGGAAGGCGGGUACAGUGACAAGGCCUUGACGAGUGGAGCGUUGUCGCAUGUAGCCGGGUUCUUCGGUGAGAAACCCUCGCAAGCCUCUUGGUGGAACGAGGAGAACCUUGAAAGUCUGGAGAGGUCGACAAAGCGGAAGAAGAAUGGCGUGUUGUUACCGCUAGACAGCGAGUCUAGAUCUGACACUCAUCUCUCGCGGACGAGAGCCUUGUUGGAAGGAUUCGAGAGGGCGGGAGUGACCGGAUCUGAAACGAAGUUGGAUAUGUCACCCGCCUCGACACCUCGUAUGACACUUCGUGAGCGUAAAAAGACGGAACCAUGGACGCCCACUGCUACGCCUCGCAACGUGGGGCGAUCGAGAGGCAAGACCGAUGUCACCAGUCCUCCCGAUGCUCCCUCGUCGCCAGUACAAAUGUCGAACAGCAGCGUGGUCGAGGACAUCGUCGAUCAACUCGACAACAUGAAAAUUAAAGCCGCCCUACCGACUACGCCGCAAUCCCAGCCCAAGUUGCGCGGUCUUGACAAGGACAGCGAAGAGGUGCGGUAUUCUAAAACAUUGGCGUACAUGCUGCGUCAUGGAGCCGAAAAGGAAAGGCUACCAAUGCGAAAGGAUGGCUAUGUACGGGUUGUCGACAUGGUCUGUAUACAGCUAUCCCGUUCUACCGCUUGCUAGAGCUCGCUGACAUCCGUUACUUGCCGUCUCAGCUAAACCAUCCGA